AGACAGACAGACAGACAGACAGAGAUAGACAAACAGACAGAAAGACAGACAUACAAAGCAAUUGACUGAUCUCUGCCUAGUUUUUCAGCCCAUAUUUAUUUUUUAUUGUUUCAGGAUUAUUGCUAUCAGUACUGGGGAGAUGAAAAGAAAACAUUCGGAGACAUGGAAAUUGAGGUAAAAAAGACAGAAAGCUUUCCAAUGUAUGUGAGACGGCGUCUGGAAAUACAGUCCACAAAGAAGACAGACGUCUUAGAGGUGGAUCAGUACCAGUUCCUGAAAUGGAAAGGCCGUGAGCUUCCGGAGAACGCUCAGGAGUUAAUAGAGAUGAUAAGGGUCAUCAGAGAAAACGGCAAUUAUGACAACAGCAGAAUGAACCGGAACAUCCCCAUGGUGGUGCAUUGCAACAAUGGAUCGUCGCGUACCGGAAUCUUCUGUGCCUUAUGGAACCUCUUGGACAGCGCAUACACAGAGAAGCUGGUGGACGUCUUUCACGUAAUCAAAAACUUGCGCAAGGAGAGACAGAGGAUUGUGGAAACAAUCGAGCAGUACCAGUUCCUCUACACGGCUCUAGAGGGCGCUUUCCCGGUGCAAAACGGCGCCGUCAAGACGCCACCGGCAAACGACACCACGCAGGUCAUCAACGAAACCACGGCGCUUCUCGACGAGCCCAACAGCCCUUCCGGUGCUGACCAGAGGGAGGCGGAAGAGAGCCAAUCCGCAGAGAGCAGCGAGCAGGAAGCCAAGGAGAGCAGCACUGCUGAGGCUCCACCAGCAGAGGGAGAGAAACCCAGCACCACCAACGGCCCUGCCGCCACCGUAGAGCUUUAAGCAUUUUGGGGGCUAAAAUAUUUUCGCCAAUUUGACACCAAGUGUCAAGGAGUGAUUUUUUUUUUAAUGCUUUUGAUUUCUUGUGUUACAUUUGAGUUUCAUUGUACAUUAAAUGUUAGAUCCGAGUUUUUUGUGGAGAACUCGGGUUAGGAUCUGACUGAUCCAUUAAAGCGUACGUUUCUGCCUCAGGUUUCGGUUUGGAUUUUCUGUAUAGGCUAAUGAUGCUGUUUGUGUGAAAUCGGUGCAUAUUGAUAUUGUUUAUUCACAUGUGUAAAGGAUUUGCUUUAUGGUUUGAUUUUUAGGCUAUCAAAUUGCGUUUUGAAUGUAUUUGUAAUAUAACCUUACAGACGAUAUUUUCUGGUUUUUUUUAAUUAUUAUUUUUAGUUUGGAAACUGUAUCAAAGCACAGCCUUAUUGCAUCUAAAUUAUAGUGCCUGAAAUGUUUGAUGGAAGUGAGUGUUUUUAUGUUCGAGAACAACCAAAAAAAUGGCAAAGAUGAUUUUGCACUACAGGGCUGUCAUCAAACUGUCUUUCAUUUCACAGUUCCCCCCCGAUUCGCUUAAUACGUAUUUGACUUUAAGCAGAUGUAACUUAACAAAAAAAGAAUAAAGGAUAGCUUGAACAAUACAGCUG